AUGGCCCUUCAUCAUAUCACUUGUGUAGUUGUCAUCGUCUUUCUGGGAUCGGUAUGGUCAAUGCCCACACCACAUGCAUGUCAGCUGCAGCGAAACCUCAUAGAAACAACUCACCGUCUCCUCGAGACCAUGGGCGGGCAUUUUCCUUUGCAGUGUGUCGAGGAAAAUGUUAAGAUUUCAUUCCCAGCGACAGUGAUCGAAAGCAACAAGCAGCAGGGAACGGGCGCUGCAAAGGCUGUUUAUGAAGUCCUGAAGAGCAUCGACGCGCUGUUUGACAAUGACAGCAUCCCAGAUCAGUGGGAUGCAACUAAACUGGAUGAUUUCCAGAAUAUUGUUUAUCGGCAAAUCGAGGAGUCAAAAUGCAUAAUGAGUAAAACUGAGGAGAGCAAUGACGAUUUUCCCGCCAGAAAGGCUGCGGUGCGAAUCUUCUUCGACAAACUGAGUGCAGUUUUGAAAGAAAAGGUGUACAGUUUCUGUGCGUGGGAAAUCGUUCGGAAAGAGCUACAGUAUGCUCUGCGGUCCAUUCUGGACGAUAAAUCCAACCUUUUGUGGUCAAAGAACUAA